AUGCGAUCGAUUUUGGGUAACACCGAGGGAGCAUCAGAUGUCGAAUGUCUCGGACUCCUCAUCAACUUGGCUUGUGAUCGAAGAGCAGCUCGGAGUCUCGGUGAACCAAGGGGAAUCCGAAUGCUUUUUCGCCGCGCCUUCGCAACUCAUGAUCCACUACUUAUGAAACUGCUGAGAAAUCUCUCCCAGUUCGAGGAAUUACGACUCCAUUUUGUGGACUACCUGCCAGAUCUUGCCUCAGUAAUUGUGCGUUUGGAAGGAGAGCUUUCUCAAAACGCGGAAUCAGAAAAAGAAAAGGAUGACAAGAGCGAGUCAGCUGACUCUCAAGAUAGUGACGCCGACAACAUUGAAAAUAUGGAGGACUGUUUCUCUCUUGAAUGCCUCGGCGUAAUGGCAAAUUUGCAACUGGAGGAGUUGGACUUCGCUCGCAUUCUUGGGGACCUCGGUCUCCUGUCUUGGGCCGAGAAAGUAUUGACGGGGGUGGGGCAUAGUCAUCACAAAGACGACCUCAUGUUGGAGGUCAUUCGAAUGAUCGCAACCGCCUGUAUUGAUGUCGAAGCUGCUAAGAUGAUAGCACUAAGUGGAAGCCCUGUGAUUCCCAUGCUGUUGAAACUUAUAAAUUCCAGACAGGAGGACGAUGAGGUCGUCUUUCAAAUUCUCUGCGUCUUCUAUCGAAUUCUUCGUCACGAGGAAACCAGACAGCAUCUUGUCAGUAAUACGAAGGCACCGAACUACAUUUUUGACUUGAUGCAUGAUGAAAAUGAGGUGAUAGGGAGCAUCUGCAACGCAGCCUUGAAUAUAAUCGCGGACUGUGACGAGACGUGGGCAGAGACCAUACGGGCGGAACGCUUCAAAUGGCGCAACUGCCAGUGGCUCCAAAUGGUAUCGGAGGUGGAGACGAAGGGCUACGACAGAGAGGAAGGAGGUGAGGAGGGAGAGGAAGAGGAGGAGGAUUUCUUACCCAAUCACGAUUUUUUGAUGGCCUCGAGCCUUCUCGAGGAUGCUGCUGAUUGGUUCGCAGUACCACCACCAUCGCCACCACCUUCUUCCCUCGAUCAUGUGAAUUUUGACCCCGAUUUCAAGUUUAGUACUCACGAUUUGGCUGCAUGCUAUGGAGAUGAGGAUGAAGAUGCUGCAGCGUGA